CUUGCGUCCCUCAACAGUUCCGAGAGCUAUGCCAAUGGUAGUUUACUACCAUCAGGGUCUCCCAUGUUGGACAGGUCGACGAACUGAGGGCUGACAAAGCGGUUCUCAACAAAGGGUAGGGCGGGCUCUUCAGCCUUGGGUGGCAGCCGUCCUAGAGGAAGGAAAACCUUGAUCAAAAACCCCCUGGCAGUAGGGUUAAAAUGUAGUGAAGGAAAUCACUUAAAAAACCACAAUAUUAGUUGUUAAUUGUCCAGUAUUGUUACCGCCUCAGGGGCUUCGGAACCCCAGAGGUCGGCAGGAGUGGGUGGUUCCGGUGUCAAAACCGGAACCAACGUAGCGGGCCCACUUCGGUCGUCAUCAAGCGACCGCGAGGGAACGGGGUUAGACGACCAGGCCCCCGUUACUCUAUACAUUAGUGGUGCGAAGGUGAUGAAUUGCGGGCCUCGUCGACAGCAGCGAGCGACUUGGUCACCAGAAGUGAUCUUGGCGUCGACUACCGUCGAAAAAUCGCAUGUCACAACCCGGGAUGGACAUUCGCAGAUGGAGUGGAACUUCGAGAAAGUCGGUCGACGCGACUUCGGGACGCAGACGACAUCGAAGUGUUCUGACAUAGAGGUUCAAACCACCGAAGUUGGGGUUCAAACCACAGUUGGUUCAACAAAAACGGAAAUAUUUCCGCCUGCGCCUUGUUCAGUCAUCCCCAUUGCCGUACCGCCCCCAGAAGCUACGAAAGAACCGGUCACCAGCCCCACAGACCCGAGGACAACGGAGAAACCCAAGACCAAUACUUUGACGAACAGGUUAAAAUAUUGGAAGAGGCGAUACUCCUUGUUCUCGAGGUUCGACGAAGGCGUUGUGUUGGACGAAGUAAGUUUCUUUUCCGUGUGUCUCGAAAUACUCGCGGCACACAUGGCGUCAAGAUGCUCGUUCAACACAGUCGUCGACCCUUUUUGUGGUGCUGGUGGCAAUGCCAUACAGUUAGCUCUGACAUGUCAUCGUGUUAUUGCUGUUGAUGUCGACCCGACUAAAAUCAAAUUAGCCCGCCGAAAUGCCGAAAUAUACGGAGUCAGUGAAAAAAUUGACUUCCGUGUAGGCAAUUGUUUCCACAUUUUAGACCGGGUUCGAGCAGAUGCAGUGGUGACAUCACCGCCGUAGGGCAGACCCGGCUAUUCCAGACAUUUCGACGUGAAUGAUCUGUGUAGCCAGGAAGCUGGUGGCAUGUCAAGCAUCUUAAGUAUGGCAAGGAAGAUCGCUCCUCGAGCUGUACUACACGUGCCGAAGACCGUUGACCGAGAACAGUGUUUACAUUUAUCGAGAAACACAAACUUCGACCGUGUAGAGUUCGAGGACGUGAUGAUCGAUGGACGACAGAAUUGCACAAAUAUAUAUAUGAAAUUGCGACAGGAUAACAGGCGACUCGGACCAGCCGUCACUACAAAAGUGGAAUUGGACACAGGAUAUAAAAAUCGGUGGUCACGUUCUAAUGGCCUUAAUGAAUAUUCCACCUAUUUGAAGAAAACUACACUUUUUUUGAAUAAUUGACUUCGGGAAAAU